AUGGGCUGGGGCGGGGUGGCGGUGCUGGUAGCGGUGCUGGCGGUGGCGUACUCGGCGGCGAGGAGGGCUAACGCGUACGAGACAGAGCUCCUGGUGCUAGAGGCGGAGCUCGCUGGCUGUGCCGAGUGGUCUGCCGAUGUAGCUGGCGAUGUGGCGGCGCGAUAUGCUGAGCAAGUUCAGCAGCUGCGAUCGAUGCUGGAACGUGCACAGCUUGAGCCGGAAGACCUGCAUCCGCAUCGCGAGAGGGCGGCGCCUCGGCCGCGGGCCAUACCACGGGUGACCAACCUCACGUUUGCCGAGUUCUUCCACGAGUAUGCGUGCAGCCAGACGCCGGUCAUUGUCACCGAUGUGGCGCACAACAUGCGUGCCGACGGCUCGGGCUUGUGGACAACCGACGAGAUUGUGGCGGCGUGUCCGGAGCUCGACGUCCCGCUGCGCAAGUACGACAAGGCCAGCGGGCUGUGGGGCGGCCUGGCCGAUACCUCGCUCCGCCGAUCUCUGGCAAGCUUUGCUGCUGCGCGAUCGCGUGCGGGCAACGAGUGGUUUGUCUUUGACGCCUCGCUCAAGGCGUGCAAGGCCUUUGUCGACGACUUUGCUGCUCUCCCGUACUUUGCCAACGACUACUACCGGCGGCUCCCGCCCGACGCGCCCAAGCCCGGCUGGCCGUCAUUGUUCAUGGGCCCGGCCGGGGCAACCACCGCGGUCCACAUCGACGCCUACGGCACCGCGUUCUGGAUGACCGUCCUUGACGGUGCCAAGGAGUGGCUCAUCGCCCCGCCCGCCGCCCGUGAGCACCUCUACUACGACGCGCUGAAGCAGUCGUUUGCGCCGGGCCUUGAUCUGUUUGACCUCGACCUCGCCGCCUUUCCGCUCGCAGGUCAUGUUGAGCUUCUCACCGCGACGCUGGUGCCAGGUGAGUGGCUGUUUGUGCCGGCUGGCUCGCCGCACGCCGUCCGCAACCUCGCGCCGACCACGGCGCUUGCCGGCAACUUCAUCGACGCCGCCAACCACGCGCACGCGCUCGACGUCAUGGCUCGCGAGAAAGCCGGCUCGAGGGCGCGGGCGCGUCGCGCUGCCUUUGCCGCUGUCGACACCCGCAUGAUGGUGGCGCCGCCGGCUGGCCUCGCCUGGCGCGACUUUAAUGCGCGCUGGCCGGCCUCGCCGACAUGA